AUGAGACCUGCCUCGACCGCCUGGCUUUACGCGAGUGUAAUACGGGGCCAAGCACCCAUUGCAUGGCAGGAGCUGGACACUCUUUUUCCUCAACAUCUACACCGGUGGAACGUGCAAAGUUCAACCGCAGAGCUUGCGACCGUCACCAUCGCUCGGUUAGAGAGCAGCAAGGAAUCAUGUUGCGAGCCUCGAAAGCACUCUUCGCUGGGAAAGGGGCGGGGCUCUGAAAGGCCACUGAAACAGUCUCUUUCCCGCAGCUCGGUUGAAUCUCACCACGCAAGUGGCACCUCUACAAGUCGAUCGCCGCGUCGAAGCACCCAGAAUGGUGGAAAGUACAAAGUUGCACGUGGUGUUGAAAACGGCACCAGCGAAAGAUGUUCUUCCAAAACUUGCUCUAAGCCUAAUAUUACCACAUCCAGUGUCAACUUCACCGACCCCUGCGCCCCCGAAACCGACGAAAUAGAAGUCAACUCACCGGGUGGUUCCUGCGCUGAUAUUUGCUGCACCUCGAAAAAGCCUGCUUUGCUCAAAGACAAGAGCGGUGCUGUUAGCAUUACCCCUGAUCUAGAGAACCAGGCCAUAGGCGUCGAGCACGUGGUUCUCUCGAUAUCCGGUAUGACUUGCACUGGCUGCGAGACGAAACUCAACAGAACCCUUGCCACAGUGACAGGUGUAAAGAACUUGAGGACAAGUCUGGUUCUCUCUCGAGCUGAAUUCGACUUGGACCUCAAUCUCUCAACUGUGGACUUUAUUAUGAAGCACUUGGAGCGGACCACAGAAUUCAAAUGCGAGACCAUCACCAGCAAUGGGUCAACUAUGGAUAUUAUUGUUUCUGGAGAUCCAUUUUCGAUCGUCAACCAGGCUUGGCCAGAAGGCGUGAGUGGCAUAUCGCUCGUCGAGGAUUGUACUGUUCGUGUUUCUUUUGACCCGGAAGUGGUUGGGGCACGAGAUCUCAUUGAAAAACACUGGGGCGAGACUGCAAAGCUUGCCCCCAUCUGUGCUGACCCAGCACUCGCAGCUGGAAGCAAGCAUGUCCACCAUUCUGGAUUCAUGACUCUCUUAUCAGCAGUCCUCACCAUCCCAGUGUUAGUCAUGGCAUGGGCUCCCAUCCCCGAGAGAGAAAUCGCCUAUAGCUCUGCCUCACUAGCUUUGGCUACUGUUAUUCAGGUUGUCAUAGCAGGGCCUUUUUACCCUAAAGCUUUGAAGGCACUUCUCUUUUCGCGAGUCAUUGAGAUGGAUCUUCUUAUUGUGCUAAGUACCAGUGCGGCAUACAUCUUCUCUGUUGUUUCUUUCGGCUUUCUCGUCGCUGGUAAACCUCUCUCUACUGGCCAGUUCUUCGAGACAAGUACCCUUCUAGUUACAUUGAUAAUGUUCGGACGAUAUAUCGCCACCCUUGCCCGACAAAAAGCGGUAGAGUCAAUCUCUAUUCGAUCACUCCAGGCCCAAACUGCCCUUCUCGUGGACAAAUCAAACUCUUCGGAGGCCAAGGAAAUUGACGUUAGGCUACUGCAAUAUGGAGACACGUUUAAAGUUCUUCCUGAUGUGAAAAUCCCAACCGACGGAACUGUCACAUCUGGUUCAUCUGAAGUAAACGAGUCGAUGCUCACUGGAGAGUCCCGACCUGUUGAAAAAAGUCCCAAAUCGCGUGUCAUUGCAGGAACAAUCAACGGGUCGGGAAGUCUAAUUGUCAAGCUAACUCGCCUCCCGGGUGACAAUAUCAUCAACACCAUCGCCGCCAUGGUUGAUGAAGCCAAGCUUUCUAAACCAAAGAUCCAAGAACUUGCCGACAAGGUGGCUUCCUAUUUUGUUCCAGUCAUUGUGGGCUUGACGAUCGUCACAUUUGUGGUUUGGGUUGCUGUUGGCAUAGCGAUGCAAGGCAAGACCGGUUCCGAAGCAACCGUCCAGGCCGUCACCUACGCCAUCACCGUGCUCAUCGUCUCCUGUCCUUGCGCCAUUGGCCUUGCCGUACCGAUGGUGGUUGUAAUCUGCAGUGGUAUCGCCGCGGAACGAGGGGUGAUUUUCAAGUCCGCGCAUGCCAUCGAAGUCGCCCACAAGGCCUCUCACGUGGUUCUUGACAAGACAGGAACCCUGACCCAAGGAAAGCUCAGCGUAGCCGUUGAACACUACCUUGGAAACGGAGAAUCAAGUCUAUCACUCCUUUUGGGCCUGGUCGGCGACAGUAAGCACCCGGUUUCCGUUGCUGUCGGUAAUCAUCUUAGCCACAAGGGAAUUGUUGCAACAGCUGUCCCCAACCUCAAAAGCGUGACCGGUCGAGGUGUGGAAGCAAAACUAGGUAGUCAAACGCUGCAAGCUGGGAAUUCUCGUUGGCUAGAGCUUUCCACGCACCCCCUGGUCCAGCCGGUUCUCUCGCAAGGCUAUACUGCGUUCUGCUUCGCCAUCGAUGGCGCACUACUUGCGGUAUUCGGUCUCGAAGAUUCUCUCCGAGCUGAUGCAACCCACGUGGUCAAUACUCUACAGAGACGCGGCGUGUCAGUUCAUGUGAUAUCAGGCGAUGAUGAAGGCGCCGUGCAAAACGUGGCCACAACGUUACAAAUCCCCGAGCGCAAUGUUCACGCUCGUAGUUCUCCGGCAGACAAGCAGAUAUACAUCAAAAAUCUGCUAAACAAUUGUUCGGAUGGUAAGGUGCCAAUUGUCAUUUUCUGCGGGGAUGGCACCAAUGAUGCCGUGGCGCUCGCACAAGCAACCAUUGGUGUUCACCUGAAUGAAGGUAGCGACGUUGCCAAGUCUGCAGCCGAUGUCGUCCUUAUGCGUCCAGAUCUAUCUCUCCUUCUCACCAUGAUGAAUGUUGGCAAGGUCUCUGUGAGACGUAUCAAAUUCAACUUUAUUUGGAGCUUUGUGUACAACACAUUUGCCGUUCUCCUUGCGGCUGGGGCUUUUGUACAUGCCAGAAUUCCGCCUCAGUUUGCGGGUCUGGGAGAGCUAAUCAGCGUACUGCCUGUGAUCAUCGCUGCUGUGCUCUUGCGGUGGUCUAAGAUGUAG